AUGGCCGCCAGGGUUGUCCCCGCCCAGCUGGCCUUCCUUGCCAUCUUCUGUCCCGCCCUGUCCGCCAACGACGAUGCCUUUCGCGACCAGCUGGUCUUCUACCACGCGAACAAAGCCGCUCGCCACCAUGACGACGACGAGAAUGAGCGCCUGCGCCAGAUCGGCCUGGCCCAGGGAAUGGUUGAUUUCGCCAGGAGCUUCUCCGACGGCGAGCCCGUAGACCAUGUCGACACCGAAAAGUCGCGCAUUGUCAUGCAUGAGCUCGAGAAGGACUGGUGGGUCCUGGCUUCGAUCGACCUGACCCGUCUCCCUGUCGCCCCGAGCUCCUCUGAUGACCAGCCGGCAAUCGAAUACUCGGCGCGCGAAGUCGCUCCUCCCGAGCUCCUUUUGCGCCAGCUGCUGCGUGCGCACUCCAUAUUUCGCCUGCAUCAUGGUCCCUCACUUGCUGAUCUAUACGUGCGCUUGCCCCGCCAGAAAUUCUGCAGCACUCUGGAGCGAUUCUGGGCGCGCUUCUCCAAGGACUGGGAUGUUUUGCUGCAUGGAAAUCCGGCUUCCGAUAUCUACCCUGCAAUGAAGCUUGCUGCUGGCGGAGAGCUGGGCAUGGGGGUGGGCGAGGAAGAGUGGGGGAGUGGCGAGAGAGAGGUUUUUGAGGACUUCACAAACAGGACCGACGGCAUGGUGGACAUGGUCGUCUGUCGCUUUGGCGAGCCGCACCCCGCCAGCCGUCAAAAUCAGUCGCUCGUGCCUGCCGAUGAAGAGGAGCCAUGGAUGGGUGCUGGUCGCAGUCCAGAGCCAGCUGACGGUGUGAUUUUCUCCGGCGUAGGCGCUGUAUCGCGCUCUUCGCUGUGCGCCAUUUCGGACUGGAUGCAAUCACUGUAUACGUAUGGCGAUCAUGCCUAUGGUGUCAAAGAAAACCCACACUCUGAUCGCCGAAGACGAAGGCGUCGCGAACGGACGAGCAAGCCGAUCAAUCGAUUAGAGUCACACAAACGUACACCUUCUCAGAAGAGCACGAAAGGGACUCCUCCGAGAACUUCCAGUUCCCUACCGCCCGGAAUCCCGCGCCCCAUCGUCACAGCAGUAGAGCAAUCCCUUGACCAGGCCUCUAGUGCCGCAGAAGCCAAUCAGGACCAAGAGCAGACUGUAAACGAGCGGGAGAGGUCUGAUGGUGACACUUGGAUGAAGUAUUUGACCUGGGGUUACAGUACUUCCUGGGGUGGGAUCCGUCCGAAGCCCGAACAGCGGUUGUCGGGACAGAGCAUCAAGGGCCAGGCUGAAGAAGAUCUGGAAAAGACACAUCAGGCAUCCUUGCGCCACGUAGACCCCCAGCCUGAUGUUGACCCUACUGGAGAAGCCGUGAAGGCUCAAAUCAGGCGAGAAACCAACGGCCACUUCCUCAUUGGUCUCCAGGGGGGGCUUGAAGAGGUCAUCAUGCAUGAGGACAACGAUGCAGGCACUGAAGAAGAAGGCAAUCCCGGCACCAGCUGGGAAAGCCGCACACUACUACGGACUUUGCAUGUCAAGCUUCUAAAACAGAAAGAGCAAUCAGAUGGUGAGCAGUCAUCAGAGGAUACAGUAUCACAGCCGCAGCCUCAGUACGAAAGGCUGCGUAUUGUGAUCUAUGUUCAUCGUCCAUUCAUUACAACAAUGCUUUUCGAGUCCCGCACGGCAACCCUCUCUUAUCCUGCAUUCUAUCGCCAUCUCCACAGUUAUUUGGCUCCUUUGCACAAGCCUCUGACUACUAGUACCUCGCCUAAUCGUGUUGCCGCACGCAUUGCGGCAUCAUCAAACCCAUACUCCACUACUGCAGGCGGAUCAGGACCAAACCCACAGCCCAUCUACGAUCUUAUCUACGAUCCAAUUCACUUGACUGUCCACAGCAGCAUUCCAAAUAUCCCCGAGCCAGGAACAGCCGGGGCUGAAGGGCUCAGUAUGCCUAACGGCACGGUGAAUGGGCCUUGCUGGACCCGUGUCGAGGCAUUGAAUGUUCAUUCACAGAUUCUUGCCACACUCGGAAGCGCCCGCCGGGCACCCAGCGAUAUUGAGCGCACAGCCAAAACCAGCCGUGGUUGGUGGCUUGUUUGGAUGCGCCUUCCGCCAUCCAAAUCUUUGCCAGACGAUAUGGUAAUUCCCACUUCACCAGCUAUUCCUGCCUCAGAGGGGAGACAUCUAUCAGGGAAAACAUCAGCGUCCUCCUUAAAGCAUCUCUCCCCGUCAACCUCCAGGCACGAGUCUGAAGAGGAGGAGGCUAUAUCCAAGAAACUCCCAAUCAAUCACAAGGUAACGGAAUCGCGAAAUCUCCUUACGGCCACGCUCCGCGAGGCUCUCCUCAUACGACGCUCACGCGAAGCGGGUCCGCCUAAUGUUCGGAACAUCAGGCAUGGCGGCGGAGCUAGCGGCAGUGGCAGCAGCCUUUGGCGGCUCGGUCUAGGAGGCGGUGGCAGCGCGGUGGCCACAGGAGGCGCAGCAGCUGGGUGGGGUCCACGUGGUCUAGCUGAGGGUGUGGGUAUUGAUGCGAGGAAAUACGUCGAGGGGCUCCUGAGUUUGAGCCGAUAG